CAAUUAUUUUGCCAUCUUCAGAAUCACAAAAGACCGAUCCCAAAUCCAAAUGCAAGAAAGUAUCCAAAGCAGCCGACAAAAAUAAAUUAAUUGAAUAUAAUGUUGCUAAGGAAUGCAUUGAGAGCUUUCCUUUUGAUGCUAAAUUCGCUGAAGAUACGAUUGAUGCUGUGUCACACUUCAUGUCACAUUAUUAUGCUUUCCUUGACGAGGCCAAUGAAGAUCCACCAAAGGGAUUUACUUAUCAACGUGUAAACAUAAUUAACGAAUUAGAGUUGUUACGUAAAAAACCUUUUAAAUCAGAUUACGACUUUACG